UAAUGCUUGAAAUACAGAGAGAGACUGGAAGCAACACAGGGAUCCCACACAGCAUAGAAUGUCAAAGAGUGUUUUGUCUGCCAAAUUUUUCUUUGUUUAUUUUKACAGCGUUUUAAAUUCUAUAUGAAAUAGCUUCAUUAGAAGUUCUCUAAUUCCUUUUCGCUAAAAUAGUCGGUCACUUUAGAUUUAUACAGAGGACGUCUGUGAAAAUCGAURUCUAUUCGUAAACUUCUUAAAAGCCGAACGAAUGACGAAUGAAAACCGAUAUUUUUAAUAACAUCUUUAUUUUGAAUCAGCGUUUUAAAUUCUGAGUGAAAUAGCUUCCUAAGAAGUUCUCUAAUUCCUUUUCGCUAAAAUAGUCGGUCACUUUAGACAGAGGACGUCUGCAAAGUCGAUAUCUAUUCGUGAACUUCUUGAAAUCCGAACGAAUGACGAAUGAAAACCGAUAUUUUAAAAAGAAGGUGUGUAUGGAACGCCUGCUUCAUAUGAAUGACUUCAUAUGAUUUCCGCUGCACGUUUUUGAUAAAAUGGUUGAAAAAUUACCUUUAAAAUUAGCGGCUCAAGCAACAGGAUGGACUUACUUUGUUGUUUGGACUAUAUCUUUCUACCCGCAAGUUUAUUUGAACUGGAAAAGGAAAAGCGUCGUUGGUUUUUCAUUCGAUUAUCUGGCUAUCAACAUAGUUGGUUUUCUGUCAUAUUCUAUCUACACUUUAGUCACGUAUACUAACUCUGAAAUGCAGAGAUAUUUUCGCAAGGAAAACCACUCUAAAUCACGAGAUGAUCCGGUCAAACUAACCGAUGUCGUUUUCGCAACUCAUGGACUCGCAAUAUGCUUCUUUCAACUUGGUCAAGUAUGUGUUUACGAGCGUGGAACACAAAAGCUAAAGAAGUGGAUUGCCUGUGUCUGUGGCUUUGCUUUAACUGGAAUAUUUGUAUUGACUAUGGUAGCUUCCUUUUCUCACAACUCUUUGAAAAUGUGGGCUUUGGUUCUCACGUACUGUGGCUAUAUUAAGUCUAUAUCUUCGUUUUCCAAGGUGGUUCCUCAAAUUUACCUUCAUUUUAAAAGGAAAUCCACAGAAGGUUGGAGCAUUGCUGCUAUCUGGAUGGACUUUAGUGGUGGCAUCCUUAGUGUUGUCCAAAUGCUUAUCUACUGUGUUAUUGAUGGAGAUAAUACUCAACUCACAGGCAAUAUUCCAAAAUUAUGCUUGUCUGUUCAGUCUCUUAUUACUGAUACAAUAUUUAUCUUUCAACAUUACAUACUAUAUCCAUCAAAGCCAAUUAGCCGGGUUAAACAACAAGCUCAGCAAGAUGAAUCCAUUAAAAGUCUAAUUAAUAGUGAUACUGAAACUAUAGGAUAAUUUUAUUUUUUUACUACUGUAUGUUUAUUCUCAAGGGAAAAACACAAAGUCUAAGUAAAAUGGGAGCCAAGGAUGUCUAUUUAUUUUUACUUUAUUUUCUGAAAAUAUAAUGGUAAGAGAUUGGAUUUUCUAAGGGAUGGGAAAUUAAUAUAUUAAUAGGACGUUUUCAUGAUGGCGUCAUUUGACUCCCAUAACCCAGAUGCUUCGCAAAUUUUCUUUCUUAUUUAAAAUUGUAUUCCCUCAUGAGAAUGGUAAAACAAUUGGUGCUUAUUAACUGAACAAAAGAAAGUGUGCAAGGGAGUCUGGUAGUAGAGGUCAAUGACGCCAUCGUGCAAACGUCCUAUUCUCAUAUUUGUUUUCAAUCAUUCCGAAGAGGAUGAAACGUUUUGGUCAUGUUGGUUCGUGGUACAGCAAUUGAGUAUAUUAUAGACUAGUCAUCACUAGAGUGCAUGCAGUAAAACCAUGAAAUAAAAACAAAGUUGAUACUGACAAAUAUAGCUAUUUAUUGACUUAUAGUAGCUAUUACUCAACCAGAACAUUCAUUCCAUGAAGACGAAUACACAAGAGACCAUUUGUUUCAUUUGCUUAAUGAACGUUCUGGUUUAGUGAUAGCAAAUAUUAUAGUCACAAAAUAGUACUAUUUGUCAGUCAACUUGUAUUGUUUUUAUUUCAUGGUUUUACUGCAUGCUCUCUAUAUUUAUACAUUGGAAAUUAUUUUAUAAUUUACAGACUGUAUACUAUAAUUAUAAAAUUCAGGGGCGAAUCCAGGGGAGGGGUGCAGGGGGUGCACACCCCUCCCUGGUAACACUUUGUGCUCCUACUUCGACAAAUAACCAAUUUUAUUUUUUGCCUUUGAUUCUAAGGGGUGCACCCCUCCCUGGGUUAACAUUGUGUGCAGCACCCCUCCCUGAACAAAAUCCUGGAUCUGCCCCUGAAAUUUGUACAACUUUUAUAAUUAUAGUAUACCAAUAUUAUAAGUAUUUGAAAAUAUGAUAACUUAAAACCAAAGUACAUGUAUGAGGAAUUUUAUGAUGGUUUUUUUAUUUAAAACACUCUUAAAUAUUU